AUGCUCAUUGUCUCUCCCCUUCAUAUUAACGGUUUGCGGCAGGCUCUGGCGCACACUGCGCAAUGCUGGAUACGCAAAGCUGAUUCCACGCGCGCCGCGUCUGCCACCAGCAUAACGAGGGAUGCGGAGGAGGUGGGACACAGUGGCCGGGGGACCUUUUUUCAGCCGUCGUUGCUAGCAAACCUGCCCAACGGCCGCUGCGUCGUAAAGGACAUCUUGCCUGCGCAAGGUUCCACGGGCAAAUACGGCCAUGUAGAGCUUCGCUCGUUGAUAGCACCCUCUACUUCCAGGAGUUUGCGGAUCGCGAGGAUGGCGGGUACAGAGGGCGAGCGUGGCUCAGAGCAGGAGAGUUGA